CCCUCCAGGUGAUGGAGUACAAUGUUCCGGGUGGGAAGAGGAACCGGGGUCUCUCGGUGCUGGCCUCAUUUCGGGCGCUUGCUGGCCCCAUGCUGCAGACCCAGGAGAAUAUCCACAGGGUGCUCAUCGUCGGCUGGUGCGUGGAGCUGCUCCAAGCAUUUUUCCUGGUGGCAGAUGACAUCAUGGAUCAGUCCAUCACCAGGAGAGGCCGGGUCUGUUGGUAUCGAAAGGUAGGGAUUGUGUCACUGACCGUCCAGAGUUCACAGUCACUGGAUCAAAACAUCGUUCCUACAGGCCCUAAUAUCAGCAGGACAGGACGGGGGUCUGUGUCU